AUGACAAGAACAAAGUUAAAAAGCUUCCAACAGAUGGAGGACAGGAAAAAUGAGGCAAAAGCCAAUGAUAGUGUUUUGGUUGAAUUCAUUCUUUUGGGAUUUGCUAACCUUCCUAACCAUCAAGGAUUUCUAUUUGUGAUUUUCCUGGUUAUCUACAUGAGCAUAUUGGUUGGAAAUGGUCUCAUUAUGGUAAUUACCAAGAUGGACCCUAAUCUUCAAACACCCAUGUAUUUUUUCCUUAGUCAUUUUUCCUUCUUAGAAAUAUGUUAUACAUCAGUGACACUUCCUAGAAUGCUAAGUAACCUUUUGACCCAAAAAAGAAAUAUUUCUUUUCUGUCUUGUGCUAUACAACUGUGUUUCUUUCUUAUUCUGGGAGGCACAGAAUGCUUUCUCCUAGCUGUGAUGGCUUAUGAUCGUUAUGUAGCCAUUUGUAUGCCUUUAAACUACCCAGUUAUCAUGAACUCAAAGACUUGUGUCCAGUUGGUGGUUGGCUCCUGGAUCAGUGCUAUACCAGUUCAGAUUGCAGAAACAUAUCAGAUUUUCUCUCUACAUUUCUGUGGUUCUAACAAACUUAAUCAUUUUUUUUGUGAUGCCCCUCCAUUACUAAAACUAGCUUGUGGGGACAUUUCUAUAAAUGAAUUAUACUCUUAUGCUGGUGCUAUCUUAUUUGCUAUACCUUUUCUACUGAUACUUGUAUCCUACAUAAAAAUCAUCACAACUAUCCAGAAGCUUCCAUCAGCAAUGGGGAGACAGAAAGCUUUCUCCACUUGUUCUUCACACUUAAUGGUUGUUGGUCUAUUUUUUGGUUCUGGAAUGAUUUCAUAUUUUCUACCUAAGUCCAAAAAGUCCUCAGGAAUAGACAAAAUUCUGUCACUUAUUUACUCUACAGUGACUCCAGUAUUUAACCCUCUUAUAUAUUCCCUGAGGAAUAAGGAUGUCAUUGUAGCAUUAAAGAAAUUCAUACUCAAAUUGUCUUGAGAUUUGAUCAUGAAACAUAGCCAAGAUUAUAGAAUAUGUUUUUUAUAUAUCUGACAAUUUCUAUAGAUUCUU